AUGAUGGUUCUUCUGACUGCCGGAUGCUUCAUGUGCUUCAUAGUGUCUGGUUUGUGCUUCAACCAAAGUGCCGUAGAAGAAACAACCACUCUGAAGCCGCCCGACGUGAUGACUGCACUGCGAGGAUUUAUUGGCAACCUCCUGGAUGGCUCUUCCAACACGCUAACGCGAAAGCUGCUUCAGGCGGACGUGUCAUCAUCCUGCACCGUCGGCCUCCUGAAACUAGUGCGCGGACUUCGAGCCCUGGAACCUUGGGCACUUCGAUUAAUUGACGCUUCGGGGAAGUACCCUACCGGACUCCUGCAGGCGACGUCGGCCGAUCUGGGUGCCUAUGAUGAGUGCGUGGAAACGGUCGUGAACGACGACUUUGGUCAAGAACGAGUCAGGGCUCAGUACUGCAACAUUCACAUCCACGUGGAUCGCGGGUCAUCUUUCGUGGCAGAUCUGACUCAAGAAGUUCUUCGGAUUUAGUUUCCUCAGUUAUUCUUUAUGAAAGAAUUUCAAGGCUACAUAGCAGACAGUCGUCUGCCCGGAAUCCGCCUAGGAAUCUGCAUGGUUGAUGAUUGCAGUGGAGAAGAGCUGCAGCAACUUAUAAACACGCGUACCCUUUUGAAGAUCGCCACAGCUUUUUCUCUGCCCGGCAAUACCAGCAUCAUAUUUCAUGUAGCAACCGACAAACGGUCAGACACCUACGCCUACCGAUUCAUUCACGGGAUGCGUUUCUUCAGCAUUGUUUGGAUUGUACUUGGACACUCCUACGGAAGCAUCACUGAUGUCUAUUCCAGGAUGGUGAACAAUCUUUCUUAUUUUGAGAAAUUUCCAACUCUGAUUGUGACUGCAGGCUACCUUUCUGUUGACACGUUCUUCUUCAUGAGUGGAUUUCUUUUAAAUUAUACUAUACUCAAACAGAAGAAAAAUCCUGCGCUUAUUUGUGCGGUAGCCAUUGCACGGCGCUUUAUCAGGGCUACCAUACCACUCUUCUUCAUGAUAAUGUGCAUCUAUCUCCUGCCCUUGGUUGCUUCCGGACCAGACUCCAGGUCAUAUUUUGAAAAGUUUGAUCGGGAGAUCAGAAACCACUGGUGGGCUUUGUUGCUGCAAGUCAGGAACUUUCGGAAAGAAAUCACAUUCUCUAUACUACCCCACGUUUGGUACUUGUCUGCCGACUUCCAAUUGUUCGUGGUAUCCCUGGUUGUUAUUUUGAUUUUUAGAAGGAGCCCGAUAUGGUCAACAUUUAUGUUCACGUUGUUGUCAAUUAUUGGCUGCUCAAUAUCCGCGUGGCAAGUCGUCAACACUCACCUAACCCCCUUCCUUGUCGCAAUGAGUGAGGAUCUCUCAAUUCUCGUUGACACGAUGAACGAAUACUACGCUCUUCCUUUUUACCAUGCCGUCUGUUGUUUCUCGGGCUGCAUUACAUUUAUUUUGGUCGAGAGAUUCAGACAAUUUCACAUGUCAAAGGCUGUGCAAGUAUGUAUGUGGUGUUUUGCGCUGGUGUGCGGUUUCAGCUGCCUGUUUACAAAAGUCUUCUGGUAUCGAUCAAGAAUACCAACCACAGAAUUUGGUAAAGUUUGCUUCGCCUUUUUCGACCGCAUUCUCUGGUCUGUGUGUGUCGCAUGGAUCACCUUUGCCUGUUCCACUGGAAGAGGAGGUAUUCUAAACAGCUUUCUGUCCUUGAAAGCAUUUGUUCCUCUGGCCAGGCUGUCCUUUGGCGUGUACCUGAUCCACUCACCAUUCUACCUCCUGAUGUUCCACAUCUCAAGGGAACGCAUCUUCUUCUCCCAUUUUACCAUGGUAUCGCUGUUCUUCUCCGUCCUGGUGUGGAGCUAUCUGCUCAGCUACCUACUCUUCGUGCUCUGCGAGGCUCCAACCGGCCGCCUCGAAAAAAUCGUCUUCAUGCACGACAGCUUUAAGGCGUCGAUGAAAAGCAGCACGACGAAUGGCACGAACCCUCAGCAUCCCGAUGCUAGUCCCAAGGACAAAUACCCGAAUAUUAUGCUCGCAGAGAACUAUAUGAUAGAUGAAAAAACAAGCGGUUUAAACUCAAACGAGCCGUUGUGCUGCCACCUUUAG